AACAGCUGUGGAAUUAGGGUGACACUGACCUUAGAGCACUGUUCAAAAAACUAUGGAUUCGAGGUCAAAGCUUGUUCAAGCCUUUAAGGAUUAUGGUGGCAGAGUUUCAAGCGAACAGUUACUGAAAUUUAUAAAAGAGGAUAGUGAGUUGAGUCAAGAACCCAGAAGUUGUAUAAAGAAAAUAGUUGCUUCGAUCGCUGUAAUUGAAUAUGACUCGGAUCAGAAAAGAUAUCUAGUUUUGAAAGACUUAGUUCGUGAUAAGGAGAAUCUUGUCUGCAACACUGUAUGUCAGUCGACUCAGACGUCAACGUCGCAGGUUGUGGGAAGGCAAAGAUGUGAGGUUUCCAGCGAAAGUAGUCGACCACAAGAACGACCAGUGUUACAAAGACCACCUGGUCCUCUAAUCAGCGGUGUUUCACCGUCUACUAAAGCUUCUCAUAUCUAUUCAACAUACACGGGCAGUGAAACUCGUCUUUGGUGGUUAGCAGCUGUUGAUUGUCGAUUGGGAGAUAUGAGACGUCUAUUAGGUUUGAAUCCAAAACUAGCGAAUUGGACUGAUCCGGUGCAUGGUUGGUCGGCAUUACACUAUGCAGCGAAAUUUGGGAAUGUGAAAUGUGUUCAGCUGUUGGUCUCUCAAUAUCAUGCUGACGUAAAUAUUCGAAAUAAAAGCGGACGUACGCCAUUGCACAUUGCAGUUGUUCAUUCACAGCGAGCUAUUAUCAGGGUUUUGAUAGAAGAUUAUAGAGCUGAUAAUGAUAUAAUGGAUUAUUCUGGUUAUUACCCAUAUAUGCUGCUGUCGGAUGACUUGAAGAUUGAAUUUGAGCCUAUUUUAACCUAUGGUAAAUUACAACGAAUCCGAUCAGCAUUGAAUAUAUUGAAGCGGAAACCUGUGUCUGGAGAUUGUCCGAGUAUUCCUACAAAUAGUUGCAGUAAGAAAAAUGACUCUGCUGAGCAGUCGUCUGUUGAGUUCAAAGCUCCAACUCGUCCACCCUUUAGGCCUAGACGCAUAGAGAGUUUUAAAGGAGAUAUUUCCUCCUUCUGGCCCGCACACAGCAGUUUAAGUCAAACUUCAACACUGAAACCAAUCAAUCAAAAUGGAAUUGAGCAGGCUCGUCGACGUCCUUCAGUUUUCGAGGGUAUCCUAAAAUCAGCUGUUAACGCUGCACAGAAUUGGAGUCCAUCGUGUAGUCCUACGAAAAGUGUGUCAGAGAGGGACAGUGACGGAAAGGAACAGCACAAGGAUAGCUCAAAUGGAAGUGCUCCCAGCAGUAGUUCUUCGUCCAACGACGCACACGCUCGUCUAGCUCAACACUUAGAUUCUAUGAUUUCAUUGAGACGCGAACGUCAAAAACUGGCCAGUUUCAGAUUAAAUGAUAGAAGUGCAAGUUGUGAUGUUGGGUCAUUGGAUUCUUCUGGUUCAUCUGAGUGUGAUUUACCAGUGAUGAAUUUUCUUUCCCGAAAAUCGUAUACAAUUGAUAAUCGGUCGUCCAUUCCUAAUUCGAAAAGUUCAACUCAGUCAUCAGAUCGUAUACUACAAAUACUUCUGUCGUUACUACCUGCACCACCUGCACCGACGUCAUGUUUGUUGAAGAAGGAGAAGAAAAGUCAAGGAAAUACAGCAUAUCAUCGUUUAACAAACGUUUAAAUAAAAAUCUUCGUCGCUCUCUGUCGAAUUCCUCUGCUACAUAUCCAACAUCACCUAGUGAUCAGUGUAAAUUUCAUUCUUUGCCUCAUGGAUAUCAUUCUUUCUCACCGACUGUCUGUACACGUCGUAAAUCACCUUCGGCUACAGCAUUGUUGGCUGAAACGCAUGUUCGUCAAUUACUGAAUCCUGAAUUUUGCUCACUAGUUAGACGUAAAGCGUCAAGUAUUAGUCAACUGUCGAUUGGGUAGGUGAAUUACAAUCUGAAGUAGAUGUAUGUGUCCAUCUUUUCAACUCUCUUUUCUCUGUCUUUCUCUUCGUGAACCUUUUUCUGUGCUUUUUUUUGUUUUAUUCUCUUAAUUAAUCAUUUUCAAUGUUGGCUAAUGACAACCAGUGAUUGUGUGAUUAUCGAAUUCAUCUUACUCAUUCACAAUGUCUCUGUUUGAUGAUUGGGUUUUUUUCCUAUCUGUUAGAGAUCAUAUAAUAGAUUUUUUGUGUAACUGAUCGUGUUUUUUUUAUGUGCAUACUUCAAUCAUCUGAUUCUACAAGUGUUACGUCUCUGUGACGACUACACAGUGGUACUUUUCGUCCUUCUGUGGUGAGAGCAGGCUGCUAGCCGAUUGGUUGGCACUAAUCUACGUUAAGGUCUAGGUCACUAAUAUGGGCCGUGAGACAAUAUGAACAAGGCUGAGUCAACAACCAAUCACAGCAAAGUUAACGUGGCAAAAUAUGAUUCGCAGAUAGAGAACUCUAUUUGUCAAGGAAUCCCGAAACAACCAAUCAGAUGACUGCGCUUGUCUAUAAUAAUGUAGUUGAAAUAUGUAUAAAUACGUGUUGAUUUUCAUAAUAAAACGAUC